CGAGAGUAAGGUCGUGACAAGUGGUAUCAGAGCCUGGUUCGGCUUUGUGCUAGCAAAGUUGAACCUAGAGCCAGAAGGAAAGGAAGAACCUCACCAAAAAUGUCGGGAUCAGAAGUUCACGACGAUGAGAAGCAUCGUGGAAGGGAUGCCGUGAAGAAUACCAAACCAAAGGGUGAGAAGUCAAGCACUCGUGAUCCUAUGACGUCUCUAGAGAGGCGUGUCUCUAGAAUGGAGGUGAAGUUGGCGGAAGACAUCAGCGCCAUCGAGGAUCUGGGAGCAAACUUCACCCAAGUCGAAAGCGAUUUUCAAGGUAUGAAUGCUCGUUUGUCGAGCUUGGAGAUUGGUAGUGAUGGCUUACGAGAAGAGCUUGUGGCCCUCAUCAACAACACCAUCACCACAUCCUUGAACAACGCUAUCGGAGUUGUGAAAGAGCAAGUCCAGGCUGAGCUGGUCGGCGUGAAGGAGGAGAUUGCAGAUCUCAAGAGUGAGGUCACUCUCGUGAAGAGAGCCAUGGCUAGCGGACCAGCCACGGUGCAAUCCGUCCCACGUGCUGAUAUUCCAAGACCGAAGAGCUUCGGAGGUUCACGGAAUGCGAGGGAGUUAGAGAACUUCCUUUGGAGUCUUGAGCAGUACUUCAAGGCGUCCGGCAUCCAAGAGGAUGAGAUAAAGAUUCGUACCGCUCCACUUUACUUGGUUGAUGUUGCCAUGGUGUGGUGGAGGCGACGUGAAGCGGACGUCGAGAAAGGUACUUGUGUGAUGGUAACGUGGGAAGAUUUCAAGAGAGAAAUCAAGAAGCAGUUCUACCCAGAGAACGUGGAGUUUGAAGCCCGUUCGAAGUUGAGAAGACUCACCCAGAGGGGUGGAGUUCGAGAAUACGUGAAAGAAUUCUCGGAGCUGCUUCUAGAGAUCCCGGACAUCACGGACAAGGAGGCCAUGCACGGCUUUCUUGAUGGGCUGCAACCAUGGGCCAAGAUGGAGAUGCAACGUCGAGGAGUGCAAGACCUUGCAACUGCCAUGGCCACGGCGGAGUCUUUUGUCGAGUACAAACGACAAGAGAGCAGCGGCAGAGAGAAGAGUUCGAAGCCCAACAAAGGUGGAGAACAGCAGAAGCCUUUCAAGGAGGGUUCUCGCACUCAACAACACCAAGGUGGUUCGAGCAAAGGGGGUAAGUACGAGCCAAAACCCAUGACUUGCUUCCUUUGCGACGGACCACAUCGAGUACGAGAUUGCCCAAGGAAGGCGAGAUUAGCGGCCAUGGAAGCUCAAGAUGAGGAGCCCAAGGCGGCGGAGGCCAAGAUUGGCUCAAUCCGCAAGCUUGGCGCGGUGAAGACCGACGUCAAGGAGAGCAAGCGGGGGAGGUGCUAUGUUCUGGCGCAAUUCAUGCAAGGCGAGUCAAAAGCCUUGGUGGAUACCGGUGCCACAGACAACUUUCUUCGCGUCGAGGAGGCAAACCGGCUGGGUAUUGCCUACGAGAAGGGGCAAGGGAGGCUCAAGACGAUCAAUUCGGAGUCCAUCCCGAUCCAUGGAGUUGCUCACAACGUACCAAUGAAGCUUGGCGAGUGGGAAGGCCUCAUCGACUUUUCCGUCGUCACCAUGGACGAUCACCCAGUCAUCCUCGGCAUCCACUUCCUCGACAAGGAGGGAGUGCUUUUGAAGCCCAACUCCAACACGAUGUGCUUGGAGAAGGAAGGGGAGUUCCAUGCUGUUCAUCUCUUGAGAGAAGAUGGUCCCCAUAGUGCUCUAUCGGCCAUGCAAGUGGUGAAGGGGUUCAAGAAGAAUGAACCAACCUUUCUUGUGUCCUUGAAGAUGGAGGAAGAAGAAGGCUCAACGGGAAUCACAACUCCCAUCAUCGAAGGUGUCCUCGAAGAGUUCGAUGAUGUGAUGCCAUCGGAGUUGCCCAAGAAGCUGCCACCAAGAAGGGAGGUGGACCACAAGAUCGAGUUGGAGCCAGGAGCGAAGCCCCCUUCGCGAGCACCAUACCGCAUGUCGCCACCGGAGUUAGAAGAAUUGCGGAGGCAACUCAAGGACUUGGUGGACGCAGGCUACAUGCGGCCAUCGAAGUCACCUUUUGGAGCACCGGUGCUGUUCCAAAAGAAGAAGGAAGGGUCGUUGCGGAUGUGCAUCGACUAUAGAGCCAUCAACAAGUUGACAGUGAAGAACAAGUGGCCGAUUCCCAACAUUGCCGACUUGUUCGACCAGCUUGGAGAUGCAAUGUGGUUCACCAAGCUAGAUCUUCGCUCGGGCUACUAUCAAGUGCGGAUAGCAGAGGGCGACGAGCCAAAGACGGCUUGUGUGACGAGGUACGGCUCUUACGAGUUUCUUGUGAUGCCAUUCGGUCUCACCAACGCACCAGCCACGUUUUGCACUUUGAUGAAUCAAGUGUUCGAGCCAUUCUUGGACCGGUUUGUCGUGGUCUACUUGGAUGACAUCGUCGUGUAUAGCAAAACACUCGAUGAGCAUGCCAAGCAUCUACGCCAAGUCUUCCAAGUCCUUCGCGACAACGAGUUGUACGUCAAGAGGGAGAAGUGCACAUUUGCCGCCACGGAGGUUCCAUUCUUGGGGCACGUCAUUGGUGGAGGCAAGUUGAAGAUGGAUGGAGCGAAGGUGCAGGCAAUCCAAGAAUGGGAGCCGCCGACGAAGGUGCCAGAGUUGCGGUCAUUCCUCGGCCUUGCCAACUACUAUCGGAGGUUUAUCAAGGGCUACUCCAACAUUGCAGCACCCUUGACGGAUCUCUUGAAGAAGAACAAGGCGUGGGAUUGGUCGGAAAGGUGCCAAGAAGCGUUCGAGGCCUUGAAAGCAGCGGUGAUGAAGGAGCCCGUGCUCGUGCUCCCCAACCCGACGUUGGCCUAUGAAGUGCAGACCGAUGCAUCUGACUUUGCAAUCGGGGGCGUGUUGAUGCAAGAUGGGCAUCCCAUUGCCUUCGAGAGUCGGAAGCUCAGCGAGACGGAGAGGCGAUACACCGUUCAAGAGAAGGAGAUGACGGCCGUGGUGCAUUGCUUGCGCACAUGGAGGCACUACUUGUUGGGGUCAAAGUUCGUAGUGAAGACGGACAACGUGGCAACAAGCUACUUUCUUACGCAGAAGAAGCUCACCCCUAAGCAAGCGAGGUGGCAAGACUUUUUGGCCGAGUUCGACUUCGUUAUGGAGUACAAUCCAGGCAAGGCGAAUUCCGUUGCCGAUGCUCUUAGCCGCAAGAGUGCAGCCGCAAGCAUCAGCCAGCCCACGUUUCCUUUGAAGGAGCGGAUCGUUGAAGGCCUUGGCCAUGACCCCUUCGCCAAAACCGUAGCAGAGUACAUCGAGCAAGGUAAAACUCGGCGGUUUUGGAUGAAGGAUGGGCUCAUCAUGACCAAGGGAGAGCGGAUGUUCGUGCCAAGAUGGGCCAACUUGAGGAAGGAGAUCAUGAAGGAGUGCCAUGAUUCCAAGUGGGCGGGCCAUCCCGGCAUCGAGAGAACGCAAGCGCUCAUCGAAGAAGCAUAUUUCUGGCCGCGUAUGAGAGACGACGUGGAGAUGUAUGUGAAGACUUGUCUUGUGUGCCAACAAGACAAGAUGGAGCAGAGAAGCCCGGCAGGCUUGCUAGAGCCCUUGCCCACGCCUCAACGACCAUGGGAGAGUGUGAGCAUGGACUUCAUCAUCGGACUUCCCAAAGUCGAUGGAUGCGGUUGCAUCAUGGUUGUGGUGGACAGAUUCUCGAAGUAUGGAGUGUUCAUUCCUGGGCCAAAAGACUUAACGGCGGAGGAUGCGGCACGGCUAUUCUUCAAGAACGUGGUCAAGUAUUGGGGCAUUCCUAGCAGCAUCGUGAGCGACAGAGAUGGGCGCUUCACGGGCAGAUUUUGGAGAGAGUUGUUCAAGAUCAUGGGCUCAAACUUGAACUUCUCGACGGCAUUUCAUCCUCAAAGCGACGGACAGACGGAGCGGGUGAAUGCCUUGUUGGAAGUGUACUUGCGGCACUACGUGAGUGCAAACCAGCGAGAUUGGGUGAAGUUGAUGGAUACGGCACAGUUCUCCUACAACUUACACCGCAGCGAGUCGACCAACACAAGUCCAUUCGAGUUGGCGACGAGGCAGCAACCUUUGACACCUACGACGGUGGCAACGGGGUAUAGAGGCAACAGUCCGGCGGCUUACAAGUUCGCUAAAGGUUGGCACGAGAAGAUGGAGAUGGCCAAGUCUUACUUAGCCCGCGCUAGUAAGAAGAUGAAGAAAUGGGCGGACAAGAAGCGGCGGCACUUGGAGUUUGAAGAGGGAGACAUGGUGAUGGUCAAGUUCUACCCUCAUCGCUUCAAGCAUCUCAAGAACGUGCACAAGGGACUGCUUCGCCGCUAUGAAGGGCCAUUCCCCAUCGUGAAGAGGAUUGGCAAUGUGGUAUACAAGGUAGAGCUGCCGACGCACUUGGAGAUCCAUCCGGUCUUUCAUGUGAGCCAACUCAAACCUUACCACGAAGACAAGGAGGACGAGCAGCGAAGGGAGCCGCAGCGCGCACCAACACUCGUCACCAAGACACACGACCAUGAAGUCGAAGAAAUCAUGGCACGUCGUGUCAUUCCUCGUCGCGGCGUACAUCCAAGCUUUGUGGAGUACUUGGUCAAGUGGCGCAACCUUCCGGAGAGUGAAGCAACAUGGGAGAAAGAGCUCACGCUUUGGAAGAACAAGGACUUGAUCGAGGCAUUCCAUCAAGAGGACGCGACGAGGGCGUCGCGAGCAUAGGUGGGGGAGGAUGUCACAUGUGGCAGAUGACAUGGCGCCAACAAGGUGACAACAUGGCAGCAGCACAUGUGGCAUGCAUGGAAGACUAGUAGCAUAGAGAUGCUCCUAGGAUUCUCCACCUAAAUGAGAGCUUAAUGGUGCACUUAUGGGCUACAUUAUGGGUAGCAUUAUUAGGGUGCAUUAUGGGGGGGACUUUAUGGGGUGUAUUGAUGUAGAGGGACCAUUAUGAGGGGGCAUUGAUGCCUUGUAUGUGGAGAGGCCUAUAUAAGGAGCCAUCUCCCUCACUUGUAACUCAUUCCAUCAUUUUUGAGAGUAAUACACACUAGAGAGUUCUCCCACUUCCUUUGUCUUUGUUCUUGUUCUUUGCUUUCAAGUGAGUUGAGAGAAAGGCUGCCUAGCGCUCUAACGGAAUUGAGAGCUAGGGCCGCACGAUCGAGAGUAAGGUCGUGACAGGACCCGUGGACACUGAUAGAAGUUUCCCUCUGGACUCCAACAAAUGGCCUCUUCUUAUUGACGCACAAGGCCUUCUGGGCAAGCUCAUGAACUUGGUGGAAUGUCUUGGUCCUGGAUCGUGAAUGCAUAGAUUUCCAUUUAUUCCCAUGAUAUAGAAUAGUCCUUGGUGGUAAACUGGAUUGCUGUAAGAACUCUUGAAAUGAAUUCCUUUCUUCUCCGCAGAUGAGUAAGCCCAGCUGUAAUUUCCUCGACGAAUAGAGUAGAGGGUCACAUAUGCCGGAAAGACUGCGUAGCAAAUUACCAUGCAGUCGGAGGAUGUUGGAGGAGAAGAGAAAGAAAUCCCAUCUUGAAGAAAUCGCACAUUAGGUAAGUCAAUCCUUUCGUUAGUGAAAGGGUUGAGAAAGAAUAGUUGUCGAUGACCUGAAAUUCCUUGGGAUAUCAACAACCAUCCAUGUUUAGAGCAACGAAUGAUUGGUUCUGUAGCUUUUAAACUGGGUAAAGGCAAGGUGCUGGUAGAAUUGGUUAUUGGAUCGAAGAACUUGACUAGCUCACUGUUGUUUCCUAUGUGCAUGAGGAUUGGGAAUCGAUGAUUUCUCUGCACUUUCCCCAAUUGAAGAUCAGAUUCACAGUUAGAGUUAGAGAAUGAUGAUUUCCAUGCUUUGCAGGCUAGACGAAAGUAACAGCGAUCAGCUCCAAAUAGACACGACUGUAUGUCACAAAGAAGGUCAGUAGGAACGUCGUUCCAACCACCACGAGCACUGCUACUUCCUGAUGGUAACAUAAUCUGCUUGCUAUCAAUCGUUACUUCUGGUUGGGGAACAUCUGCUGAAGUCCAGCUAUGAAGAGGCAACUGGAUCCAUUGUGGCUCAUAAUAGUCAAUUCCCAUGUUGGGGCAAGGUAGUGACACACUUACACUUCCCUCUUUAACAUCAUAUGCAUAAAGACGCUUGUCAUUCUUUUCAGAGAAAUAAACGGUGUUCCCGCGAACAAGUCCUGAAUUUAGAUCUUCCCGUGGAAUUUUGUAGAAGAAUCCAUUCUCUGGGUAGCUUAAGAAGAUGGCACAAUCUUCAGGUAAACUUUCCAUCCUUUGACAUACUUGGUCCUGUAAAUUCACCUUGUAUAACACAAUCCUCUUGCAACCAAUGUCUCUGACAUGAGAAUCCCGUAUGAACCUUUUUUUGUACCCGUAGUAUAGCUCAACAAUCAUAAGCUCGCUAUCUGAGCACUGAACCAAGAACUUGUCACAAUGUGCAUGGCUCCUAGUGUAGUACUGACCCAAAGUAGGGUAUUGUUCUCUGACUUUCAAAUCAAAUAAUUUCAUCUGGCAGCCAUUCAUGUCUCGAUUGAACUGAAACUUCCAUAGCCUUUUGCAGCAACGUGUCCGUGCAUAAACCUCGCCGUUGAGGGCAGCGCAUCCUGGAAAAUGCAGCCAGGAACCUAUGCGACAAAUACUACAUCUCGGUAGGUACUACUAGUGUCGUCCAAUCCUCAUCCCCAGGCUUGCAGUAUAGCAAACUCGUCCCCCUCAUACGUGAUUGGAACAUAAAAACACAGCUAGGAUCAUGUGGAGGAGAAGAAAGGACACAGUUGGCAGGCUUCAAGUGGUAUUUGGACCAAUUGGGUAACGGGAUCUUCUCCAUGGUGACUGGGUUUAGCAGCAAGCAAUCACCAUCCCAAGCAUAGAGAAAAAACCAACCAUGAGAAGUGGUGAAGAUUCGAUGAUUUCGUAUUUCAGGUAUGUGCUUGACAUGGUGGCGUCGUUCUGACAAGCUGUAGAUUAGUGACUUCUUGUUCUUCUUACCAUGGAGGUAAACCAGCCAUGGUUCUGGUCGUAGAGCUGGCGCGGCAGACUCCCGCAUUGUGGGCAGUUCAUCUUCAUGGUUCUGAUCUGGCUCCUCAUGCUGCUGUUGCUGCUGCUCUGGUUCAGCCAUUGACUGUCGUCUUGCUCGUGUGCUGGUGGUGUGGCGACAGACCAAUUAAAGGAAUUGACUUUGGUUAAUGCUUUUUUCUUCGACCCUCAAGCUUUAUGUCAUGUUUAAGCUUUAUUGUCGUAUAAGUAAUUCCUUGUCCUGAAAGGAAUAUGCUUUUCUUUCUUUCCCUGUUUCCAGAUCUUGCCUACCUAACGAUAUUUCUUGUUCGAGAAGGAAGUGGGUUAUGUUAGCUUUGCUUUUUCCGACCUCUACAAGGAGACUUUAAUUCGUAUGGGAAUGAUAAAUCGUGUUAGAGUCCUUGUUUGACUAGGAAAGCUUUUCGGACCAAAAAAUGCAUGUCCACUUUUAGAGGAUUUGAUGUACGAUUAGUGUCUAACUCACACUUAUAAGUAUAGGUGUCAAUCGGGCGGGUUCGGGCUGGGUUCAAUCGGGUUCGGGUUCAAACGGGUUGCGGGUUAGUCGGGUUGCGGGUUUAUCGGGUUCGGGUUCAAACGGGUUGCGGGUUAGUCGGGUUGCGGGUUCAUCGGGUUCGGGUUCAAUCAGGUUGGGGACAAAUCGGGUUGCGGGUUCAUCAGGUUUUGGGUCGGGCGGGUCGGGUUUCGGGUUGUUCGGGCCAGCGCAUCAAGUAACUUAACUCAUUACUCAUUACCAACUUACACAUUUUAUUACACUAAUUUAAAAUAUUUUCUCAACUUUUUAACCAAUUUAUUUCUACCUCGUAUAUAUACACUUCAUUUUUUUGAAAAAAAUUAGUCAAAAUUUUUAAUCAAUUUGUAUGACUUGCAAACUUGUUAUGUAAUUAAUAAUAAUUGGUAAAGUAUUAUAGCUCAUAGUAAUGGUGAUAUCAAUAUUUGCAACCAAAAGACACCGUUAAUUGUUUAUUUGAUAUUUUAUUAUUAAUUCAGUAGUAAUUGAAUUAAAGUAUCUCGUUUAGUAUAACCAUGCAAAUCUGGUAUUUGGCGUGUGGUAAUUGGCAAAAGCAUAGUGAUAAAAGGAGUUAUUUCAAAAUAACUCAUUGCCCAAAUAACUCUAGUAAACUGUUGCCAAACGAGUUAUUUGUAAAAUUGUUCGAAUUAUCCUAAAAAUUGAAUCAUUAAAGAUUAGCUAUCAAAUUUAGUAAAAUUAUUGUGACUUCAAUCAUAACUUACUCAAUAGCAUAUAUCCUAUACACUUAGCCUUACCCUCAAUCAACAAUAUUAAGUUAGUAUAUGUUGUUGAUUGUAUACCCUAAACCAUCAAUACAUUAUACACUAGCCACAUAACCUAUACCCUAAUCAUAUGUCCUUGAGUUGUGAUUUUGCUAGUAUAGUUAAUUUAAAAGUGAAAUUCAUACUUUGAUUUUCAAAACAUAGAUAAAAAGUGAUAUUUGCU